AGCCCCUAUAUAACGACGGCAGAGCGACGGAGGCCACCCCAUUCGUGUCGAUGCUCGGCUCCCUGGGAACCUGCACCAUGCUGGCCUCGUGUCUCCUCGCCGCGCUGGUGCUCUCGCUGGUGGCGGACGCUUCGCACUUCGACCGCACCGUGUCCCACAGUCGCAUCCGCGGCCGGACACAAGGGGCCAACGUGUGCGCCGUGCAGAAGGUGGUGGACACGGAGAAGAAAUACUACUCCAACUGCAAGCAGUGGUACCAGAAGCAGAUCUGCGGAAAGAAAACGAUUGUGACCUAUGAGUGCUGUCCUGGCUACGUCAGAGUGGACGGCGUCGAUGGCUGUUCGGCAAUCACCCCCAUCGUGAACGUUUACGAGACGCUGGAACCCAUCGAGGCCACUCUCACGCAGAAAUACUCGAACCAGUCGGGACUGCGGCCUGAGAUCGAGGGGCCUGGCGCUCACACCAUGUUCGCUCCCAGCAAUGAGGCGUGGUUAGAGCUACCUAAGGAAGUUCGCGACUCGCUCACGACCAACGUGAACAUCGAGCUGCUCAACGCUCUGCGCUACCACAUGGUGGACCGGCGGCUGCUCACGAGCGACCUCAAGGACGGCACGGUGCUCACCUCCAUGUACGAGAAGCAGAAGCUCUACGUCAACCACUACCCCAACGGGAUCAUCACCAUGAACUGCGCCCGUCUCAUCCGCCCCAACCACCUGGCGACCAACGGCGUGGUGCACGUGAUCGACCGCGUCGUCGUGCCCGUGUCAAACCAGAUCGGCGAUGUCAUCAGCUACGACGAGGACAUGGAGUCGAUGCGGGCGGCAGUGGAGGCCUCCGGACUGAUGCCAUUGCUCAACUCGGAGGGGCCCAUCACUCUCUUCGUGCCCAGCAAUGAGGCGUUUAAAAAAAUCCCCAAGGGAACGCUCAACAGAAUCCUGGCAGAUCCUCCGGCACUCAAGGCCAUGGUGAACAACCACCUCAUUUCGUCCCUGCAAUGCUCCGAGUCCAUCCUGGGCACCACCGCCGUGGAGACGGCCGAGGGGACGAAGCUGCAGGUCACCUGCAACGGCGACGACAUCACCCUGAAUGGGAAGGUGAACGUGAUCCGGAAGGACAUCGUCACCACCAACGGGGUCAUCCACCUCAUCGACGACCUGCUGCUGCCCGACACAGCCAAGGACGUGUUCGACGUCGCCGAGAAGUACGGCGUGGAGACCUUCAUGGACGUGUUCGCGGAGGCCGGCCUCAAGUCCAGCCUGAAGGUGGGAGAGGAGUACACGAUCCUGGCGCCCAAGGACAGCGCCAUGGAAGAUUCCACGAUUUCGACGUCGUCGGACAGCACGAGGAAGAUGCUGCUCAAUCACGUGAUCCGUGGCCGCCACCUCUCCAAUCAGCUGUAUCACGGCCAGAAACUCGAGACGCUGGGUGGGCAGCAGCUGCGCGUCUUCCUCUACCACCGGGCGAUCUGCAUCGAGACGUCGUGCGUGAACGUGCGCGACAAGUCCACCAACACGGGCGCGCUCUUCGUGCUCGACAAGGUCAUCAAGCCGGCCACCAGCACCGUCAUGGAGCUCCUCCGCAACGACGCUCGCUUCAGCACGCUGCUGUCCCUGGUGAACGUGGCUGGAAUGGCACAGAAGUUCGGGCGCCAGGGCGAGAUGACGCUGUUUGCACCCACGAACGAGGCCUUUAAAUCGCUGGGGCCAGCCGAGCUCAGCAAACUGAAGCGGAACCGCAAGGAGCUGGCCGCUCUGAUCAAUGGGCACAUCAGCCAGGGCAUCCUCGUGAGCGGGGGCAUCGUCCCCGUGGGCAGUAACCUCGUGAAGACGGCGCAGGGCACGCGCCUCGACGUCAUCGUGAGGAAUGGCACCACCUACGUCAACAACAAGAAGAUGGUGCAGGCCGACAUCCUGGGUGUGAACGGAGUGAUUCACGCCAUCGACGGGGUCAUCCUGCCCGGGGCUCAAUGGACCAAUGCCAUGGUGAACGACCGGCCCAUGACUGACGAACAGCUCGCGAUCUUUCAGCGCUUAACUGGACGGAAACACACUCUGAGACCGAGGCGCAUGUGAGGACGGUCGGACUGCGGACGCCGUGGUGAAAACACGAACAGAAACAAGAGGGUGCUCAGAAGAAGAACUACCAGGGCCACAGUUGAGCACAUUAAUUCCAUAUUCAGGUUUUUUUUUUGUAUGCACGGAUUUUCAUUGAGAAAUAGUUGGUACGGCGGAACCUGUCUUCAAGAGAUUUAUUUUUUUUAAAAAACGACUCCCAGCCCCUCGGCUCGAAGUCGUUGAUUAAUUAAUCGGGGACGGAGUCGCGGCGCGGUGCGUGCCGCUUACGAGGUCACCGCCGGUCACGCACUCCGCCGUGGCUUUGUGGACACGGUCCCAACGCCCCCCCCCCCCCCCCCCCCCAGAGUCAAUGAGGGCAAGCGCGCGACAACGCUGUACUCUUGUCCGGCCUUCUCGUCUCUCGCGCCUCAACGACAAAGGCGAAGGCCACGGCAGACUUGAAAAAGCGACACGCUACACCGCAAUGCAAGCAACUGCCACGGACAAGCACGUACGAGUGUGCGCGAGCGUGUGCGAGUGUGUGCGUGUACAAAGCUGUAUACAUACGCAGUCUGGUUUUUGAGGUCAACUCAGCUCAUCGUCACCUUAGGGGCUAUUAAAAUGAGCGCUACUAUGGAUAGACUGGUUUUCCAUCUUGGUAAUGUGGAAUUUCCACCGCAACCAAUAGACAUGUAUGGCAUCAGAAACUUGCUCUACCGUGGGAGCGCUUUUGUUCUGUAUCAUUACACGCCGUAUUUAAACUUAAACUCACAGCCUCUUGUCAAUCCACUGGUGGAUCAGGACCUCCCCAUGGUGUGCCGGUCGCGGAGGUUGUUUGACCAUACUUCACCACGAUGGUCACUGCGGUGUUGGUGAUGUUAGUCAUCCACUAAGACCACCAGGUUCAUAGUGCAGUCUGCUAACCGCUGAACAACUAUAUUCACGUAUAGUCUGUUGAGUUUGUAUUUUAUUUAUCCUCUUAUCUACAUGUAAUAAAAUAUAUUGCUUAUUUAAUCGAUACGAUAUUAACAUGUAGGCAAUUGUUACAGCUGCAAUAAUUAUCCACAAGUUAUGAAGAUAUUUUAUUUUUUCGAAAUAGAUGGAUGAAAAAAUAUAUAUUUUGUUGGCGAUAUGACCUUAAUUGGAGCUUUGUUGAACAUUCGCAGUCAGGUAAUGAUGCUGUUGAGAGGUUGCGUGCCCAAGCUUAUGGAGUGAGCUCACGGCCUCCUCUGCCGCUGAUGGCUCCACGCGGCUCUUGACGAUAGGCUCGCUGGAAGAAAAAAAAAUACCUCCCGACGGGGAAGUGAGCCUGCGAGGAAAAACAUCGGGAGCAAUCGCACGACACUUAAUGUCAUUUUUCUGUGGAAGCGCAAAGCUUCAAAGGGCACUCCCUUGCGUCACAGCAGACGUGAGCGACGCCCCACUUAUGCCGCUUUUUUCCAAGCCGGGGGCGUUUUCGGAAAACGGGAUUUCAGAAUGUUAAAUACCUCCUCGCAACAACAACAGCAACAAGAAGAAAACAACAGUGGCCGGUACUCUUCCUGCUCCUCUGGAAGGGUUUUUUCGUUUUUUUGUUUUUUGCCGAGUGGCUGCGUGUUGAGGAAGAGCUUGAGCUGCUUCACAUUUGGCUCCUCAAAAACGCACCCAUCGCGUGGGGCGAGACGUCGGACAUUGUUGCCAAAACGACGCGAGAGCACCGCCGGAAAACGCAUCUGAGAAGCCAAUCGGUUGGGCGUUGUUGGCAACCCAUUGGGGGUGGGGGGCGAGGUCACCAGGGAAGGUCAAAUGUCAGUUAGGGUCACCGCAGGUUAUUGGCAACCCAUUGGGAGAGGCGAGGGCACCAGGGAAAGUCAAAUGUCAGUUAGGGUUACCGCAGGUUAAUGCUUGAAACUACAAUUAAAUUAAAGCUGCGCGUUGUUGCUGCGGCAAACAAGACUUCCAACCACACAGCCACAGUAAGGCUACACGUUUUCAAAUAAAUGAAGUCAGAGUUUCUGUUCUGACGGACACUGGGUGGUGAUUCUCUCCUUUGGACCGGUGGUGGAAAUUCCACAUUCCUAUGGAGGCCACUAGUCGCCCCACCCCCCUUCAUACAACCACUGUUCAUCCCCCCAACCUGUGGAUAGUAGCCUCACCAAAUGGUGCUAAUUUACUGGCCCCAGAGAGAUGACGACGAAUGAUGAUGACGGUGCUGGCGCUGAGCUGACCUUGAUCAGGAUUUAAAUCAUCAACCUCAUGAUUGGGAGCCAUGCUGUCCCAAAAAACUGAGCUCUAUCCAAACCAUUUUAAAGCAAUCUGCACGUGAUAUCUCUCUGCUAUCAUCACAGGAUGGGUGUCUUUACCAUUUUUUCUCGUGUUAGCUUAUUGAACAGGUUCCGCUGUAUGUCAGAUAAACACAUAUAGUCGUUUGUAAUGUGUUGUAGAAUGUAUGACGUUUUUUUUUCCUUAUCAUUAUUAUUUGUUUUGAAUAUCAUACUGCCAACUUUUUUUUUCUUCUUGUAUUAUUUACGUUGCAAAUAUUAAUGCCGCACAUUUGAAUCUGCCUCAAAGUGUAAACCCACUCAGAAUUAAUCAUCGAAAGCCACUGUAUUUUUGUACAGUUUUAUUUUUACCUUCAUUCUCUCCCGAACGUCAUCACGGCAAUUCUAAACUUCAGCGGCUGUGCAUUUACCACGAAUCAAUGUAGAGGAAAUACCAUCCCUCAUUUUAAGGGACAAUGUAUGUUUUCAUUCAUUGAUAAGCUGACACCACAUAACCCAUCCUUGGCGUACCUUGAGAUCAACGCCUGGGCUUAUCCUUGGGUUAAAUUCCCCCCAUCACCUCCUUGUUAGAGUGGAACAUUCCAAAUUGAACAUACCAGCGGCGGUGCAUUCGCACGUCUCACUGCAUGUGAGCAGUGUUUAUUUAAGAAUGUUCCACGCUUCCCGUGGGGGUGAUACAUGAGCCGCAGUUGCCCACUUGUUUAGAUUUAUCCCGACGAGGGCACGAUGUGAAAAGACAUCACCCAAGCAAUGAAUCAGUCGGCCACCCCAGCAUUUGUAAUAUUAAGAUAUAUUUUUUUUUCCUUUACGAAUAAAAAUGUAUAAUAGUGUCCGCUUGAUGACAUAUCGGAUUCCCGUAGACCAUCCGUGUGUGCAGUCGACUUGAACGUGUUUUUUUUUUACUGCAUGCAUCACCACGUGGGCGCAAAUUCUGGACGUCGAUUUGAUUGCUGACGUCGCCAAAGCUACUCAAUAAAAGUGUUUUUAUCGA